AUGAGAACCAUACAAGAAGGAGACGAGAGUGAGGGGAAGGAGGAAGCCUCCAAUGAUCUGGUCAGGAAGGAAAGUUCCAACCAAAAUAUUAGGGACUCGGUAGGACAUGAGGACUUUGAAGAGUUUGUCCUGAACUUUGAGGAUUAUGAUCUUUGGGAAUCCAUUAAAAACCAUCUGUCUCAUCCAGAUGGAGAUAGAGUCGUUCUGAAUUUGGAUGAACCUCCAGCUCUGCGCAGGCAGUUGGUGACAAAGAACUGCAUAAGUCGUAAGGAUGCCACUGUCAUCCCUCCACAGCCAAACUGGACGAAGAAAAAGACUGAUAAGAACGGGCCCCAUGAGGUCUUUGUGGAGCUGAACGAGCUGGUGUGUGAAGAAGGCCUUGAAAUGCAAUGGAAGGAGACCGCUCGUUGGAUAAAAUUUGAGGAGGACGUGGAGCAGGACACAUCACGAUGGGGAAGACCUCAUGUGGCUUCAUUGUCAUUCCGUAGCCUGCUCGAGCUCAGGAAGACCAUUACCCAUGGAGCUGUCCUCUUGGAUCUGGACCAGACCACUAUGCCCGGGAUCGCCCAGAUGAUUGUAGAGAAUAUGGUUGCUUCUCACCAGAUAAGAGCCAUCGACCGUGUUAAAGUUUUGCGGUCACUUUUGUUGAAACAUAGCCAUCUUAAUGAUGGAAGAGAUUCUCACCAUCCUCGUAACACAUCCACGUCUGGGGCAAGCAACCAUGUCACCACCAGCAGCCCACCCAAAGAAACCAGCACCACUAAUUCCCAUAAUGACCAAGACGGCAAGCAGAAAACGGUGAAUGGGCUGGAUGGUCAUCGACUAAAACACUGGAAGCUCAUGGAGAAGAUCCCGGAGAAUGCAGAGGCCACUGUCGUCCUUGUGGGUUGCGUGAAGUUCCUGGUCAAUCCCGCCAUGGCGUUCGUGCGUCUCAGUGAAGCGGUCCUCCUUGAAUCCGUUCUUGAGGUGCCAAUUCCGGUGCGGUUCCUGUUUGUUUUGCUUGGUCCCUCUCAGUCUAAUAUGGAUUACCACGAGAUCGGCCGCUCCAUCUCUACUCUUAUGUCAGACAAAGUUUUUCACGAAGCUGCGUACAUGGCGGCAGAGAGACAGGACCUCCUGAAUGCCAUCAAUGAGUUCCUGGACUGCAGUAUGGUUCUUCCGCCGUGUGAGAUGCAGGGGAAGGAUCUUCUCCGCUCCAUUGCUACCUUUCAGAAAGAUCUACUGAGGAAGAGGAGGGAGAGGGAUCAACGGCGCUCAAUCAGGGAGAACGCAACGCAGGACACAGGACAAACAGAAGACACCAAUGUGAAGCCGGAUGAUGAUGAUGAUGAUAAUGACGAUGAGCUAGAUCCCCUGCAACGCUCGGGAUUUCUUUUUGGGGGCCUGAUUCAUGACAUACGCAGGCGGUACGUGAAGUACUGGAGCGACAUCAAGGAUGGUCUCAACAGUCAGUGCUUUGCAGCCGCUCUCUUCAUCUACUUUGCGGCUCUGUCUCCUGCCAUCACUUUUGGAGGUCUCUUAGGGGAGAAGAGUCAAGGACUAAUGGGUGUUUCUGAGCUCAUAGUGUCCACCUCAGUGCUGGGGGUCAUCUUCUCCUUACUCGCUGCACAGCCCCUGCUCAUCAUCGGGUUUUCAGGUCCACUUCUUGUCUUUGAAGAAGCCUUUUUCAAGUUUUGCCAGUCGCAGGACAUAGAGUAUCUGACCGGCAGGGUUUGGAUUGGUUUUUGGUUGGUCCUGUUUGUCCUGGUGAUGGUGGCAGCGGAGGGGAGUUUUCUGGUCCGUUACAUCUCUCCAUUCACACAAGAGAUUUUUGCUUUUCUCAUCUCCCUCAUAUUCAUCAAUGAAACAUUUUAUAAAUUAUACAAGGUCUUUACAGAUCACCCCCUUCUCAGGACAUACCCAUCUGGAGGGUCAGGAAGUCGCACGGCCGCCCUUGGUCCUCGCAUGCAGCCCAACACGGCUUUGCUGUCUCUCAUCCUCAUGUCAGGAACCUUUCUCAUCGCUUUCUUCCUGCGGAAGUUCAAGAAUAGUCGGUUCUUAGGAGGGAAGGCAAGAAGAGUUAUUGGUGAUUUUGGGAUUCCCAUAUCUAUUCUAGUAAUGGUUCUUAUUGAUUACGCCAUAACUGACACAUACACCCAGAAAUUGAAUGUUCCAUCGGGCUUGUCUGUCACUUCUCCUGGAAAACGUGGUUGGUUUAUCCAUCCCAUGGGGACAUCGAGCCCAUUCCCGCUCUGGAUGAUGUUUGCCUCAGCCAUUCCAGCUCUCCUGGUUUUCAUCCUCAUUUUUAUGGAGACUCAGAUCACAACCCUCAUCCUCAGCAGGAAGGAGAGGAGCCUGAAGAAGGGCAGUGGGUUUCACCUGGAUCUCCUUCUCAUUGGCUCUCUGGGCGGUGUUUGCGCUCUCUUUGGGCUGCCAUGGCUAACAGCAACCACAGUGCGUUCUGUGACUCACGUUAAUGCAUUAACCUUGAUGAGCAAGACGGCGCCAGGAGAGAGACCGCGAAUCGCUGAGGUUAAAGAGCAGAGGAUAACAGGAGUGCUGAUUGCUAUAUUAGUAGGACUAUCCAUAGUAAUGGGCGAGAUGUUGCGGCAGAUCCCCCUGGCUGUACUUUUUGGGAUUUUCUUGUAUAUGGGGGUGACAUCUCUCACUGGGAUUCAGCUGUUUGAACGGCUUCUUCUUAUCCUCAUGCAUCCAAAACAUCAUCCAGAACAUCCCUAUGUGGUGAAGGUGUGCACAUGGAGGAUGCACCUGUUCACCUGUGUCCAGCUCUCCUGCAUUGUGCUGUUGUGGGUGGUGAAGUCAUCUCCAGCCUCACUCGCCUUCCCAUUCCUCCUCAUCCUCACUGUGCCGCUAAGACUAUUCAUCCUGCCACGUUUUUUCCAUGAGAGAGAACUGAAAGCCUUGGAUUCUGAAGACGUUGAACCAAACUUUGAUGAAGAUGGUCAAGAUGAAUACAAUGAACUCCAUAUGCCGGUCUAA